AUGCAGUCUGGAAUUUCUGCCUCGCAGGAGCUGGUCUCCCAGUUCAACAAGCUUCUCUCUUCCGACGAGCACUUUGGAUUGCUGGUCACAAUUAAGUCCGAGCAGCUGCAGCCCCUGACUCUCCUUACUCCCCCUUCGCGCGACGCAUCUUUCGCAACCAACCUCAACACGCUUCUGGCCCCUCAUAUCAAGCAUAAUGAGGCUCUCUACAUCAUCCUCCGCCGCCACACCUCUACUCCGGCCCUGGUGGCCAUCACAUAUGUUCCUGACCCGGCCCCUGUGCGCCAGAAGAUGCUCUUCGCCUCCACUCGUCUGACUUUGGUGCGCGAGCUGGGCAGUGAACACUUCCGGGAGUCCAUCUUUGCGACGACCGCUGAGGAGCUAACCCCGGCUGGUUUCGAAAAGCACGAUGCUCAUACGGCUUUGGAGGCUCCGUUGACAGAGGAGGAAAGGACACUGGGUGCAGUCCGCCGGGCCGAACAGGAGGCUGGCAUGGGCACAGCCUCUCGGCCGUUGCAUCUUAGCUCUAACAUGACCACGACCAUUGCUGAUCCUGCGCUUGAUGCGCUCAAGGAGUUGGCGGCUGAGAAAAGAUCUCUCGUCAUGCUGAAAAUCAACCCUGACACCGAAGUUGUCGAGCUCGAGCCCGGUGUGACAGUCCCCUCUUCUAUCACUGAACUUGUUCAGGCCAUCUCACCAAUGGAUCCUCGCUUCGUCUUCUACCGGUAUACACACACAUACAACGGGGUUGAGUCGAGUCCGUUGCUGUUCAUCUACACAUGCCCGUCUAAUGCCAGCAGGAAGGCCAUCAGGUUUCGGAUGAUGUAUCCCCUGAUGAAGCGCUCAGUUCUAGAGAUCGCUGAGAAAGAAGGGUUAAAGUCAGAGAAGAAGUUCGAGGUGGAAGAUCCUAGCGAAAUUACUGAACAGUCCGUCCUUGACGAGCUGCAUCCGAAAGUUGAGGUGAAGAAGGGUUUUAGCAGGCCCAAGCGUCCUGGUCGGUGA